UUGCAGCGACAGCACAACCGCGAUUUUUCCGCCCCGAAUGGCGGAUGGGUGAAGCUGACGAAACAUGAAUGGCUUUGUGGCUGGACAGUUUCGGAUCUCCAAGCCGGAGACGGGCUUCAAACAGAAGGCCACCAGCUACCGGGAGUACGACGCCGAGCAGUUCCAGAAGUCCACCGGUUUGGCGCGGAAGCGCACCACGGGCACCGUGAUGCCGCGCGAGAACACCAUCCACCAGGGCCUCAUCGUGUGCACCAAGGAGUACGGGGCCUUCGUGCAGCUGGGCAAAGGUGAGAAGUACAAGGACGGCUUUCUGCACAUCGGCUGUUUGCCAAACCCCCCCGGGGUGGAGCGAGUCGAGGUGGUGAAUUCCGUGGUCCGAGAGGGGGACAAGGUUUGGGUCAAGGUGCGAGAUGUUGAUGAAGAGAACGGGAAGUAUGCCUUGGACAUGAGGUUCGUCCAUCAAAAGGACGGGCGGGAUUUGGAUCCCUUCAACGGCCGCGGGCGCGUGCCCAAAGACGUGGGAUGGGAAUUUCCCAAGCAACAGCUGAAACACAUCCAGGCAGCGAAUGCAGUCAUCAACGCUCAGAAGGAAGGCUUUGGCAACGAAUUCGCAUGGAAAAAAGAGCAGGAAGAGGAAGAAGCCAUGAAGCGAAUGCAGGUGGAGUCCUCCGACGAAAGCGAUCCAGAGGACAAGAAGGCCAAGAAAAUGAAAAAGAAGUUGGAAAAGCAAAAGCAAAAGUUGGAGAAACUGAAGCAAGGCUCCUUAGGCAAGCUAAAGGAUUCGAAGGACUCCAAGGACAAGAAGAAGGGGAAAGACAAAGAGCAGGCGAAAGACAAGGAGAAAGAGAAACCGAGAGAGAAAGAAAAGGAAGACAAGGCCAAAGAUAAGCCUCGAGAGAAAGAGAAGGCCAAAGAAAAGCUGAGAGAGAAGGAUUCAGAGGACAGAAGGGACAAGAAAUCCAAGAAGCGACGCAGAGACAGCUCCAGCUGAUACUGUCAGUUUGGCGAAGAAAA